AUGGACAACUACGCUCCCUCACACCCCGUCUCGCCCGUCUCGCCAAUCUCGCAGCCUCCGUCCUCACCUUCAUCUCCUUCAAGCCUCAAACGCUACGAGCUGGGCCUCGACCUCUCUGACAAAACCAUUGAGACCGCUGCUCACCCCAAACCGACAGCACCACAUCUCUCGCUCAUAGAAGUGCCAAGGCGCAAACCCGUACCACCGCCAAAAGCUGUGUUUGCCGAUCAGACAGAGCCUCAUGUCGAAGCUCCACCAGCUGGUCAGAGUGGCGGCGGGCUGAAGGGGAAGAUAAGAGACCUCUGGCUCUUCAGGCGGAGGAUGGUGCUCAUCGCCGCUGCGGUGGUAGCUGUUUUGUUGCUGGGGUUGAUUAUUGGGUUGGCCGUUGGGCUGACCAGGCACAAGAAUGCCAAUCUACCGCUGCCAACGAAUAAUGGAGGGCCUUAUAGGGGCGACCUUACAUACUACGAUCCGGCGCUCGGCGCUUGUGGUAUAGCCAAUUCACCGUCUCAAGCUGUGUGCGCAGUUUCCAAGGACCUAUUCGAUGCCGCUAGUGUUGGACCGAACCCGAACGCCAACCCAUUAUGUGGGCUGAAGAUUCGGCUCAGACGCAAUAAUAAGUCUGUGGACGUUACCGUCGUCGAUAGAUGCGUUGGGUGUGAACCGACAGAUAUCGACGUUUCUAUAGCUGUAUUUGAACAGCUUGCCCUUGUUGAUCAAGGAAGAGUCGACGUUGAAUGGGCCUGGCUUGACAAGGCGCCAGUAAACCCUUAG